UACAAAGCUACCAUCACUAUGCUUCACUCUGCAUGAUCACUCGCACAAUGAUCCUGUGAGCUAAGGAAGGUACUCUAGCGCUAAAAGACCUUCGGCUGACAGGGUUCUACGGCAAUCUUCUGGCAGGCCCAACAUAAACGAUAGACCUUGAAGUUAAGUUAAAGGACUUUUUUGAUAUCCGGUUGACUAUCUCCAGCCUCUCAUAUGCUGGAGAGGAUCGUUGGGAACGAUACGGUCUGUAUUCUCUGCCAUAAUGACUAAGCUACUAGUACUCUUGGCUGCGACGCAAUGCGAUGCUAGUACUUAUCCGCGGAAUCAACGAAUGCAUGCGUCCCUCUACACCACCGGUCGAUGUCGGCCUUUGUUGGUCUUUAUCGUCCGCUUCGAAGACCACUACUUGUUCACUAAUUCUUCUUUACACAAUGAUUUUCUGUCAGGUCUCUCAUCAUUCGAGCUACGUGUUCUCGGAGCAUCUGCCCGCACCCAAGAGGACUGUGAACAGGGGAGGCGGCAUCACUGUGUGAUUGGACUGGCUCAUUGGCUCGAGCGAAGUCGGUCUCUCUAUCGGCAUCAUUUCCUGCGCGAGCUAUGUCAGCGAUUGCCAGUGGGUUGCCAGUGGGUUGCCUUUGACACUACUCAGGAGCUCGGAUUCGAUGUCGGCUUCUACAAUCCCACGCCCGAGUCCGAGAUUUAGACCCGUCGUGGAACUUCACGAUGCAGAUCUCGGCGAACAUGCUCUGUGGCGAGGCUUAUUUGAAUGCCUCCCAUCUGGCGAUCGUGGGCGUAAAUGUAGCCUCCCACUGCGCUGCGCUCAAAGAUGAUAUCCAAUGGUGUGCGCAAUUCAAGUUGCCCCGGCGCCUUACAUACGAUUCGCCAAUAAGACAUUUAUCAUCACGUGAAUGUAGCUGGACGGACAUUGACUGAGUACGUCUGUAAUUCGACCAUGCUUGCCGCUCAUACGAUUGCUCCUUCAUUUCUCUUCCUAAUCUAACCGUUUUCAUAUCCCGCAAGCAACCUAGUCACGCUGCAGCAUGGGGCGUCUUCGCAUAUUGACCAUGAUAUUGUUUUCGUCGGUAUUGCUGUCAUAAGUCCUGAUGUUGCUGAAUAUGAAUGGCCACGAAACGC